AUGACGGCGUAUGAAUCCAUGGCCGUUGCCAUGACGACCAUCACCGUGAGCGCCUCGAGCGUGGCCGCCGCCGCCGCCGCGGGCGCCGCCGGCCUGGGUUUGCUGGGCCUGGGCGCGCUUGCGGUGGGCGGGCGGCGCCGCAGAGGCCACAGGGGCUCGCGGAAGAGGCCCAGCAGCGGCGGCUACCACAGGCGGCGCAGAAGUGUGGAGGAGGCUCUGGCCCUGCAGGAAGAGCAGGAGGAAGCGGAGGCGCUGGAAGCGGCGUUGGAGAUCAUCCGCGAGAAGGACGUGAGCGGCUGUGGCCUCCUGCUGGUGUGCGACCUCGCCCGCAGAGACCGCAGCGACCUCGGCCCCGAGGAGGCCACCGUCCUCGACCUCAUCGGCCCCGCCAUUCCCGGUACGGGCGUGUUCCCCCCCGGCGCCGUCGGGGAGUACAGGCACGCCAAGGCACUUGGCCAGGCGGGCGUGGAGUGCCCGGAGGCCUUCCCCACGUGCCCCUUCAAUGGCACUCAGCUCCUCAACACCUUCCUGACUUACGUGCCGUGAAAGCCCUUCGAAGAGGGGUCGCGACAGGGAGGGCGUGUGGGCUUUUGUUUGUUGGUAAUUUAAGGAAGGCAUUUAUGGAUUUCUAGUUUUAUGGUUAUUGUUUAUAGUGAUUAGUGUAUGUACACUCUUAUGUAAAUGUAGGUGUACAACACAAAAACACAGACACACACACACAC